CCCUGUCCGUGACAUGUUUGUGACAUCACCGGAGUGACAGUGCAGCCUGCGUGGGGGUAUAUGGGGGGUGGUUUAUGGUGGGAGGAGGUUCUCUCUUCUUUGCCCUUUGCGGGAGAUGACUUGCAGCCUCCUCGAACUGCCAACGGACGCCCAGUGUAGGGGGAGGCAACUUUUGUUAGCCCGCUCCGUAUUGCCCCAAUCCCGUUUUCCUUUCUCCGCCGCAGGACAUGGACGGUGUCAUAUAGUGAGGACUUCAAGUCGAUCCCCGGUUCCGUUGAGGAGCACCCUGCAUCGACAGUCCACGCCGCACUGAGGGAACCAUAUCUGGUCAAAGUAUUCGUCUCUGCUGUCACCCAGCCGGGCCGCCCGGCUAUAAAUAGCGCUGGUUGAGGCAUCAUUGGUUCCCUCCCGACGGAUGUGAAGUUGUCGCAGCUGCUGAUCGAACAUAUUGUCGUUCUCAUCUGGAGGUUUUUACUGAGGUGUGUUCCAUCAUGUCAGUGUUGAGGAAGGAGAUGGAGAAGUACAGGGAUGUAGAUGAGGACGAGCUGCUCAUGAAGCUCUCCGAAGAAGAGCUGCAGAGGUUAGAAGAUGAACUGGAGGAGCUGGACCCUGACAAUGCACUGCUGCCUGCUGGGAUGCGUCAAAAGGAUCAGACCAAAAAAGCACCCACAGGAACAUUUCAAAGAGACAACCUGCUGGCCCAUCUGGAGAAACAAGCCAAAGAACAUCCAGACAGAGAAGACCUGGUGCCUUUCACGGGAGAGAAGAGAGGUAAGGCCUGGGUGCCUAAAAAGAUGGUCGACCCCAUCAUGGAGAAUGUGACCCUGGAGCCUGAACUCGAAGAAGCCCUUGCCAGUGCUACAGAUGCUGAACUUUGUGAUAUAGCAGCCAUCCUGGGCAUGCACACUCUGAUGAGUAACCAGCAGUACUAUGAAGCUCUGGCAAGCAGCACCAUCGUUAACAAGCAAGGCCUUAACAGUGUGAUCCAGUCCACCCAGUAUAAACCAGUGCCUGAUGAGGAACCCAACUCGACUGAUGUGGAGGACACUCUCAUGAGAAUAAAAAGGAACGAUCCGGACCUUGUGGAGGUCAACCUCAAUAACAUCAAGAAUAUUCCCAUCCCAACUUUGAAGGCGUACGCUGAAGCUCUGAUAAAGAACACGGUGGUGGAGAGGUUCAGUAUCGUUGGGACUCGAAGCAACGACCCAGUAGCAUUUUCACUGGCUGAGAUGCUCAAGAUCAAUACAACACUGAAGAGCCUGAAUGUUGAGUCCAACUUCAUAACAGGGACUGGAAUCCUGGCCCUUAUUGAAUCGCUACAGUUCAACACAACGCUACUGGAGCUCAAGAUUGACAAUCAGAGUCAGCCAUUAGGCAACAAGGUGGAGAUGGAGAUAGCCAGCAUGUUGGAGAAAAACACAACACUGCUGAAGUUCGGCUACCAUUUCACCCAGCAGGGCCCGCGCCUCAGAGGCUCCAAUGCCAUGAUGAACAACAAUGACCUAGCCCGAGUUGUUAGGUCAGAGUCUGAUGGCUCCUUCACCCUGACUUUGUCCGUCCCUGAGCUGGAACGGGCCUUUGGAAAAAAGUUCAAGUCAAAGACUAAUGAGAAAGAGAAGGCUUGAAGGAGGACCCAUCCUCCCCAAGUGUCGGACAAAUGUGUAGAAACCACUCACCCAUCCUCCUUCACUCUCCCUUUUUGCCUUCCAUCCACCACCUUUUUAAAAAAAACACACACACACCUCUUCCCCUGUGACCUCCAUCUGACCUCAAACGGUCCGACAGCCUCUCCAGACAACCUUGAAUGUAAUCUCUGGUUAUGCAAGUGCAAUUCAGGGUUCAAAGAAGACUCUUUUUGGAUGUUUAAAAAGGUAGAUAAUAAUGGAUGGUGUGGUGACCAGAAGUCCACCCAGCAUUGGAUGCAUGCAAAAAGAGAUGCAUCCUUAUUGAGUGUUUGUGCUGGGAUGCAAACUAGCCGUACAGUGCUGCCAUCUAGAGUCUCUACACCGCAACUGUAAUGCCUUAACUCCUUGGACUGUGACUGAUUGAUGGUGGCUUCACGUUUGCAACAGUUAUGUUUGGCAAUCUUUGUUUCUACUGUGUUGAAUUCAUUUGAAUUAUUCUUAUUAAUAUUAUUGUUUUACUGUAAAUGACUAGUUCUGGUGUUAUUACUACUUCCAUUGUCAAAUUAGCUAAAACAAAACAAAACAAAACUCCUGGGCUGCACGGCGGACGAGUGGUUAGCACGCAGACGUCACAGCUAGGAGACCAGGGUUCAAUUCCACCCUUGGCCAUCUCUGUGUGGAGUUUGCAUGUUCUCCCCGUGCAUGCGUGGGUUUUCUCCGGGUACUCCGGUUUCCUCCCACAUUCCAAAAACAUGCUAGGUUAAUUGGCGACUCCAAAUUGUCCAUAGGUAUGAAUGUGAGUGUGAAUGGUUGUUUGUCUAUAUGUGCCCUGUGAUUGGCUGGCGACCAGCCCAAAGACAGCUGGGAUAGGCUCCAGCACCCCCCGCGGUGGAAAAUUAAUGAAUGAAUGAAAACAAAACUCCUUUCAGACUACAAGAUAUUUAAUUUAUUUGGCUUGCAGAUCAUUUUAUAUUGGUCUUUGGCAAGUGUAUUCAUGAUUUAUGAGAUAUAUUUUACAUAUAUAGUCUCCAGUAUAUGGAUGGAUUACUCAGUAUUACACUAACUUGCUUUGUCAUCUAUAGCACAAAGUUAAGAUCUGGAUGUUUUGGUCCGAUAUCUUAGCCUACAUUAGUGGUUUUAGCAUCUUUAAUGUACAAAAUGUAGCAAACUGCCUCCCUGCAUUCUUUGUUUUUUCUGUAUAUAACCCUGGCUGGAAAAAGACACCCCUGGGCCAGGACAUUAAAAAUAAUUAGAUUUUACACGGUCAAGUCACCCAGUCAAGCUUCCUGCAAACUGAGACUUCCUUUUAACAAUAUUUAUCUCUUAUGCGCAGCACAGACUUCCACUAUGCUUCCAUUCUAGUGUUUUUUGUAUUUAAAAAUAAGGUGGGCCUGCACAGUGGAUGAGUGGUUAGCGCCCAGGCUUCGCAGCUAGGAGAAGCUCGGGCAUCUUCUGUGUGGAGUUUGAAUAUUCUCACGGUGCAUGCGUGGGUUUUCUCCGGGUACUCCGGUUUCCUCCCACAUUCCAAAAACAUGCUAGGUUAAUUGACGACUCCAAAUUGUCCAUAGGUAUGAAUGUGAGUGUGAAUGGUUGUUUGUCUAUAUGUGCCCUGUGAUUGGCUGGCGACCAGUCCAGGGUGUACUGCGCCUCUCGCCCGAAGACAGCUGGGAUAGGCUCCAGCACCCCCUCGACCCUUGUGAGGAUAAGUGAUAGAAAAUGAAUGAAUGAAUGAAAAAUAAGAUGGCUGACUUCCAAACAUCAAAUUGCUGCCCAGGUAGAUAGAGUACAUGUUACUGAGCUAAGUGUUUCAUAGAUGAAGUUCAAACAAGCUUUUGAAGCAGUCCUACAUGCGCUUUUUAUGGGACACUUUGGACAUUUUGAGUGUGUGAUUGCACUGAUACCCGUUUGAUCCUCAAGUGCUCUUUUUUUUGUUCUACCAAACAUUGGCUUUGAUUACUUAGUAGACACCACCAGCACUAACUGCAGUGCUAAGCAUCUGGCAGUGUCUUUAUUAGAGUGAAGAGGGAAAAGCAGCUGUAAUUCCUCAUAGAAAUAAUUUACCAAUGUCAAUUAUUCAACAAAUUAAAGCAAAUAGUUUUUAUUACCUUUAAAGAAAAACAUGGUGUAUGUUGAACAAAUGUUAAUUGUGGAUGUAAACAUUUGUUUUUUAACACACUUGCAGCCUUUCUGUUUCCACCUAUUCUUUUCAUCUCCAUCCUAUUUAUAUCAUAGGUCUUGAUUAUGAGGUUUGGUGGAUAGUUCACAUUUUUGGUUUGGUUGGUUUUUGAAAUAAAUGAGCCUUGAAACUUAAAUAUUCACCAUGUUUUUUUUAUUGGAUCAGCUCUGCAAAAUCUGACAUAGAAUGCAUUUAAAAAUGUAAAACAAUGACACCGUGUGGUUAAAUCAAAGAGUUGCAUGUUGUAAACCGACCACAGCGACACCUGCAUCCCAUGAUGCAACCCAAAUGCCGACUCAACUCACAGUGCAGAAUAUAACACAACUAAAACAUGGAUUAUGGGGGUAUCAAAAUAAACACACGUGCAAAAUAAGAACCCGCAAGGUAUGCUGGGUAACUUCAUGUUGGGAAGUUCUCAGCAUCCCUUCCAGGUACUGAUCAUGCGGGGAUACACUGCUAGAGAGCAACUAUAUUAAUUAUGGUUGAAGUUAUUGUUAUUAUGCAUUAAUACUACUACUACUAAUAAUAGAUUAUAUUAAUAGUAGCCUAUUUUUAUGAUGAUUUCUUCUGUAGAUGUACAUGGAAGUGUUAUCUCUUAUCUUUCUUAUAGGUUAUAUAUUAAAAAUAAUAUUAAUGCCAUUAUUUGGAAAUAAAAACAUUUUUUUCCCUAUAUUUUUUAGACCGAAGGAACUGUUUACAUAACAUUUUGCUUCAGAUUUUAUGUUACUUUCACAUCCGCCAACAGCACAGAGAAAAAAUAUAAUACAAAAAAAAAGAACAUUUCUGGUAUGAACAAGAUAUUAAAUUUUUAUUGAUUUAUCAGGCAGAAACAUACAUAAUAAUCCCUUAUUGCUCAUGAAGGUCUAUGUUUCCUCGAGGGCUCGUUCUCACACCCAUUCAACAAUAAAUAAAACCUCAGUUAAACACUUUUAUUUGAAUGAUGUCACUUCAGUGUAUGCGGUGGUCAUUUCUAGCCAUCGAUUUGACAUGAAACAAAAUCACAAUUGUCAAUACUGCUUCUGAAAAAGUCUUUAGCGAUUCUCUUCCUGGUGAAUGAUGGCAACAAUAAUAUGCUAUUGUGUUAUAAAUUGGACUUUUUAAAGCUCUUGGCUGUUGUCAAAACCUGCACAACACAGUCUUUGUUUUUUUUUUUCUUAAAUAACAACUGCAACAAUAAAGAACCCCUUGCAAAUGAAACA